AUCAGUUGCGUAACUUUCCAAUAACGCGUUUUUAUCAGUAAUUGAUAAAUAAUUUGAGAUUAAAAUCAGUUUAAUGAAUAUAUUUGGUUGUGUUUCAUCUGAUAGCGUAUUGUGCUGCAACAUGCUACGAUUGGCGUUCUUUGCGGUGCUCCUAGCCGGAGCCCUAGGGUCAAGUGACUACACCAACAGGGUGUUCAAGGAGUCAUGCGAUGGGUUGUCAGCCGAGGUGGACAGCGGCAAGCUGUGUGGACUGAUCAAAGAGUACAAGAACACCACAUUCGGAACUUUUAGAGGCGUGCCGUACGCCAAACCACCUCUAGCAGAGCUGAGGUUUAAGGAACUGCAAAAGGCCGAGGCCUGGGAAGACUACCUCGAUGCUUCCGUGGAAGGUUCAAUCUGCCCCCAGCGCAUCAUCUUGUUCGGACCGCUCAUGGCUCCACGGAGCAUCGGAGAAGACUGCAUCAAUGCCAACAUUCACGUCCCAUUGGAAAACGGAGCACUUCCUACUAAGAAUAAGUUGCCUAUCAUAGUUUGGGUCCACGGCGGAGGCUUCACAGUCGGGUCUGGUGACUCUGACGCGUAUGGUCCGGAAUACCUCAUGUCUAGAGGUGUUAUUCUCAUCACUUUUAACUACAGAUUGGGUGCGCUGGGUUUCCUGACAUUGAACACACCGUCAGUUCCUGGCAACAACGGUCUUCGUGAUAUUUUGACUCUGCUGCGUUGGGUUCAAGAAAACGGAGCCAAAUUCGGAGGGGACGUUGAUGACGUCACAAUUUUCGGACAAAGCGCCGGCGCCAGCGCAGCUCACAUGCUGCUGUUGUCUCCGCAGACUCAGGAUGGAAAAUUGUUCCAGAAGGCUAUACUUCAGAGCGGAUCAGCUGUCCGCAGUUUCUUCAACUACCAGCCUGCAUACACCGCCACCGUGGCACAGACCUUCCUCACCCUCAUGGGGAUCAACUCCACGGACCCUGAGGAGAUCCACAAACAGCUGAUAGAAGCUGACGUCGAGCAGUACAUGGAAGUGUCAAGCGUCAUGCAAGAUGCGACCGGUCUACCUCCCUUCGGACCUGUCAUAGAAUCAACGCACGAGGGAGUGAACAUUGUCAUUGACAAGGAUCCUGAAGAGCUUAUCGAGAUGGGUCGCGGCCAAAACAUCCCUAUGCUCUUAGGGUUCACAGAAGACGAGUGCUUCACUUUCCGUGGCCGGAUCGUAGAGGUGAAUUUAACCACCAAAUUUGAUGCCAAUUCCGACUUAGCGCUUCCCCCGGCACUAGCCACGUCGCCCCUCAAAGACGAGUUGUCCCCAAGAAUGAAAGAGAGAUACGUCUCAGGCGAGAACAUUACAUUGGACGAAUUCCAGAACUUGUGUUCUGAGGCGUACUUCAAGUAUGGGGUUAUUUACACGGCGCAGAGACGUGAGCAGUUGGGAGGGGCGGAGUCAUUCCUGUACCAGUUUGCGUACCGCGGGGAGCAUCGUCUACUGGACGUGCUGGGCUACAAGCUGAAGAAGACCUGCCACUUCGAGGACGUGACCUACGUGUUCCAACAACACACCAACGUCAGUAUUCCAGAGGACGUGUUUGAAGGAAGCGUCGACCGUGACAUGCAGAACUGGCUUGUGGACAUUGUCAUUAACUUUGUGAAGAAAAGUGACCCAGCAGGCUCCGUGGUGAACUGGCCUCCGAUCAGCCGCUUCCUCUUCAGAUACCAAGACAUCGUCGAGAACAAGUACAAGACCGCCUCCCUGCUCACGGACACAAAGACCAAGGACUUGGUCGACUUCCUGACGAAGCUGUACAACGACGGCGCAGCGACACAACGUGGAUGAAAGUUGUGUACUAGAUGUAAAUCAUAAGAUCAUUACGAAUUUGAUUAAGUACAUGAUUGUAAUACAAAAUAAACAUAAUAAAAUAAUGCUACAUUAUCAAAGA